AUGCCUUUUGCUUACAAGAAUGUUCUGAUUAUCGGCGCCACCUCCGGAAUUGGAGAGGCGCUGGCCACCAAACUCGUUGAGAACGGGACGCGAGUGAUUGUUUCAGGACGGCGAAAGGACAACUUGGAUGCCUUUGCGCAGCGUCAUGGCGCUGAUAAGGUUAAGACCAAAGUCUUUGAUAUUAUGCAGUUGGACCAGAUCCCUCAAUUCGCAUUAGAAAUUAUCGCUGAGAAUCCCGACCUUGAUUGUGUAUUCGUCAACUCGGGAAUUCAGCGACCGCUUGACUUUUCCAAGCCCGAAUCCGUCGACCUUGACAUUUUCGACCAGGAAUUGAUCACCAACUAUACAUCGGCCGUGCGCAUUGCAAAGGCUUUCAUCCCCCAUCUUCAAAAGCAAACUACCCAGACCGCUCUCGCAUUCACCACUUCCCAAAUGGCGCUCGUUCCAAUGAUGCGCUGCCCGAACUAUGGCGCAUCCAAGGCGGCGUUGCAUCAUUUCGUUCUCGCUCUACGCACACAGCUGCAGGACGGACCCGGCAAUGUGAAGGUUCUGGAGAUUUAUCCUCCGGCCGUGCAGACUGAGCUGCACGAUGCCAAGCAUCAGCCCGAUCUGAAAGAUGGCCAUCUUAUCGGCAUGCCUCUCCAGGAGUUCAUUGACGAGGUAUGGGCCGGGUUAUCAGAGGGUGAAGAUCAGAUUGCGGUUGGCUCGGCAAAGGAUAUCUUCAAGCAGUUCGAGGUCAAGAGACAGGAGAUCUAUCAACAGAUGACUGAGAUGUUGUCUGGGCUGCUCAAGCAGUUCUUGCGGUAG